UCUAAUCUCCAAACCCUCUCCCCUCACAAACAGUCGCACUGUGUUUUCUAUCGCCCACCUCUCCGAGAAAAAAGCAAUCAUGUUGGUCUACCAAGAUUUGAUUUCUGGUGAUGAGCUUCUAUCGGAUUCGUUUCCCUACAAUGAGAUCUUGAAUGGUAUCCUAUGGGAAGUUGAUGGAAAGUGGGUGGUACAAGGAGCCGUAGAUGUCAACAUUGGUGCCAACCCUUCUGCCGAAGGAGGCGAGGAUGAUGAAGGUGUUGAUGAUCAAGCAGUCAAGGUUGUGGACAUUGUUGACACCUUCAGACUACAGGAGCAACCCCCUUUCGACAAGAAGCAGUUUGUUGGUUAUAUUAAGAAGUACAUCAAAUUAAUUACUCCCAAGCUUGAUGAAGAGAAGCAAGAGUUCUUCAAGAAAAACAUUGAGGCUGCAACUAAGUACCUCCUCGCAAAGCUGAAGGACCUCCAGUUUUUUGUUGGAGAGAGCAUGCAUGAUGACAGUACAAUUGUGUUUGCCUACUACAAGGAUGGUGCUACCGACCCAACCUUUUUGUACUUCGGUGUGGGGUUGAAGGAGGUUAAAUGUUAAGAAGCGGCGUCCCUAGGCGGCAAAGAGUUCGAGGGGCUUGAUUGGUGUAGUUCUUUGUUUUCAGUUUGGUUUUUGUUAUAUGAGAUAUAUGGAUCUGCAAGCUAUAUUGCUUUAAUGUUUGGUUUCAUUUUUGGACUACAAUUGGUAUUUGGUUUAAGGUA